CAUGCAGGCCCCUACACAGGCCCCUCGAGCCCACUCAGGCCGCCAGCCAGGCCCUUGUGGCCCCCUCAGGCCCCUACAGCCCUCACCCGUUCCCCGUACCCGCCAUGUAGACUCCUACGAGCCCCCAACACGGGUCCCCCCCAGCCCCUACGGCCGCUAUAGGCUCCGCGGGCCCCGGGAGGCGGGACGAGGGGGCGGGCCGGGGCGGUCAGGUGGCGGUGACGCGGCGGUCAGGUGGCGGGGGGCGGGCCGCGGCGGUGGCGGUGGCGGUGGCGGUGGCGGUGGGGCGGGGUGCGGUGCCGGUGCCGGUGCCGGUGCCGCCAUGUUGUCCCGGCUGCUGAAGGAGCACCAGGCGCGGCAGAGCGAGCGGCGGGAACUGCAGGAGCGGCGGCGCAGGGAGGCCAUCGCGGCCGCCACCCGCCUGACCGAGGCCCUGGUCGAUCACCUCAACGUGGGGGUGGCUCAGGCGUACGUCAACCAGCGGAAGCUGGACCACGAGGUGAAGACGCUGCAGGUGCAGGCGGCCCAGUUCGCCAAGCAGACGGGGCAGUGGAUCACCAUGGUGGAGAACUUCAACCAGGCCCUGAAGGAGAUCGGCGACGUGGAGAACUGGGCGCGCAGCAUCGAGCUGGACAUGCGGACCAUCGCCACCGCCCUGGAGUACGUCUACAAGGGGCAGCUCCAGCCCUCCUGCUCCUGAGCUGCACCCCCCCCCCGGGGCCCCCCCCAUCGCCAUGGCUGCUCCGGGCAGAUAUCGCAAGCCCCGGGCACAAUGCCACCGCCGCCGCCGCCGCCGGCCGCCACAGGGACCCCUCGGUAUCGGGGCGCGGGCAGAAUAAAGCGUGGUUGUAUGGCGGAGGUGUGGAAGCCGGGCCAGGCACAGCCCUCGCUGCCCCCCCUAAGCCCCCUCAUCCUCUUUACCGCUUAA